GCUGGCUUGUCCCUUCAACGACGCAAAAGCAGAAAAAAGCCUCUCAAAACCGACACCAAAGAAUGAUAACGAAUACACUCAGAAAAAAGCACGCAAAUCUUGGCCUCUUCUGAUGAGCGUCAUGUUCGUCAGCUUCAUCUUCUUCCUUUCCCUGUGAUGAUUCAUUUGGAUCCCUGUUCGAUCCUCUUCCCUCUGCAUCUAUUAGUCUUCCCUAGUUCGCUCUUCCUUUACUUUCCUUCCACUAUAUCUGCAAAUUGCUCUCUUGGUGCAUCCUCUCGAUCCUUCUCCGUGCUCCUCUGUUUUAGUCCGUUUUCUGUCUUUCUUUUCCUUCGAGGAUAGGCUUGUUUCAUACUUCCCAUGCUUUUUAGAGUGCUUGUUUCGGGGCUUCUUUAAUUGAUUGCAUAUAUCAUAUGAAUAUACUCUCUUUACUGCUUGUGUUCUUCCUCUUCCUCCUCCUCCUCUUCUUCUUUUUAAUAUGGGUGUUUAUAGAUUUGACGGUUGUUUUACUCUCAUUUCGACUACAUAUAUUCAAUUUCUCGGUUAUUUGUUCUCCGUCCCAUUUCAAGUUUGCAUGAUAAGAUUAAGGGAGGGUGUGAGAAUCUAAAAUCUGACUCCCUUAUAACUAUCAUAAAAAUUGAGGCUUUGUUCCGAAGUGGAAUUUUACAUUGCAGUUUCAGAUGAUCUUCCCUUCCAUUCUCUGCUUUUUUAAUUGUUGUCCACCAAAUAUUUGAUAAUAAACUCGAGGAAAGGUUUGUUAUUAUUAUUUACCGGAGCAGAUUUGGAUGAUUGUUUCUAGUAGUUGUUGUGGAAGCAUUCGCCUUAUCUUUCUUUCAAAAAAAGAAGCAUUGUUCUUGUUGCUGCUGGAACACAAUCAUCCUUAUAUUAUUGAUCUGUUUUAAAUUUGAUGACAACAAUAGUACAGAGCUAUGUGCAUGUGCUGAAAUGCCGUCACUAUUACUCGUUCUGUUUUAUUUUGGGUAUUAUGCAAAUAAUAUGACCCCCCACACCCCCAAACCCCAAUAUUGUGGUCUUACGCUAUAUUUGGUCUUUAAACACUCCUUCUAGCUGGUAUUUAGAAGCUUUCUACUACUUAGGCUUAUUGGCCAUACAUCUUGAUACUUGUUACAUUAUAUGUUAUUUGUGUGUCGGUAUAUGACUAUGUAAUUGUGAACUAAUUUCACCUGUUCCAAGUGAUUUCAUCAUUUCAUGGCUUAUACGUUGCUUCACAGAAUAACUCUGAACAUUGUUUUCCAUUUGAGGCAGUGAUUAUGAAGGAAUCUUAGGUAAGUGAUGGCAGCAGCAGAGGUGAGGGCUGUGUGGCAGAGAACUGCUAAUCGUUGUUUUGUCCAAGAAGAUGCGAAAAGAGCUCCCAAACUAGCAUGUUGCCAACCUUCAUGUGCAACACCAAAGUUGGAUGAUGCAGAACCAACCAAUGCAGCAUAUGAAUCAGUUAACGCUGCGGUUAAUGUCAUGCAUUUUAACCGAAAAUCUUCAUUCGCCAAUCUAUCCCCUGACUCAAGGUGGUGGUUGCAAAUGCAAACUGACUAUGGGCAUCAAAAGAGCACAUUGCAUCAACAAUCACGUGCAUUAGAUGAUGAACCAGAGAUGCUGAAAGCUAGUGAUGAAGAUGAAGUAUAUGAAGAUGUUACUUGCUUUGGCGAUGAGGAGUAUGAUUCAUUUUAUCAUUUGGACUAUGAUUUACAGGUUGAUAUGAUGAAGCAAGCUAGUGAAGACAAAAUGCUUGGGCGACCUAGUGAAAAAUCUCAGGCAUUUGCGCAACUGAUGGAUAUGACAGGAAAACAUGAGACAACGGAGAUUGAUAGUGUUGGUUGUUCAGUUUCCAAGCAAAUGGAUGAGUUCAACUUGGGCUUGGAUUGUUCUUGGACUGACGUUGAUAAGUCUGAGCCAUGGUGGCAAACUACUGAUAGAGAUGAGUUAGCUUCCUUUGUUUUAAUGAGAUCACUCAACCAUAUUGAGAAUUGUGAUCUUCCUCCACCUCAGAGGAAGUAUGUAAGAAGACAUCCAUGUUCUAGUAUUGGUGAUGAAAAAAUAAGGACAUCAUGUGCUAAUUGGGAGACGAAGUCCUGUGGCUUGUCCAACCUGACUACACAUGCUCAAGGGAGUUUGGGUUCACAAUUGAUGCAUGAAAAGCAACAGACAUCAGCUAAUGAAAAGGUCUCACAUUGUGCUUCUGAAAAUUCUUCCAGGUUUUCAUGGAUGUUAAUAUUACCAUAUUUGGACUUGCAACUUCGUAACAGUCACACUACCAUGCACAAGGAUACCACACAGGAGCAGCAAGCUUUUGGGGGAGAUCCGAGCAAAGCUCAACUAAUGGAAGCACUGUGCCAUUCUCAAACACGAGCGAGAGAAGCAGAAGCUGCAGCGAGACAAGCAUAUGCUGAGAAAGAGCAAGUUGUCAGGCUCAUUUUUAAGCAAGCGUCACAACUUUUUGCAUAUAAGCAAUGGUUUAGGUUGCUGCAGCUAGAAACUCUGCUAACUCAGAUCAAGAAUAAGGAUCAGCCUCUCUCAACUCUAUUGCCUAUGGCGCUUCCAUGGAUGACUUGUGAAGGAAGAAAUCUGAGGAGGAGAAGGCAGAAGUGGCCCAAAACCAGACGAGAAAUGCCAUCAAAGGAAAAUAUCACAACAUAUGCUGUUGCAUUUGCUUUAGGACUGUCUAUUGUUGGUGCUGGCUUGCUCUUAGGAUGUUGUGUGGGUUGGAUGUUACCUCAUUUGUAGUUUUGCUCUUAAAUGAUUUGAAAUAUAGUCCCGCUUUUACAUGUAGAUUAGUAGAGGGGAAUGGGUAAACAGAGAGAGGGGCUGCAUUUGUUGUGUUGCAUGUGUGUAUUCACCCUUGUAGAUUUUAGUUGUCCUUGUCAAAUAUCUUGAGUUGUCAUCUAACUUGUGUGAUGAAUGUUACAUUGAGAUUUGAGAUGUGAAGCAGAAGCAACUAGUUUUUGGUUCUA